CUUAUCAAAAUUUCCCGCUCGAUUAGGGUUCCGCACUUCCGCUUCGUUCCUGAAGCCUGAAGAAGGGCGCGAAAUGGCGAUUGUUCUGGGGAACUUCUCCAUCAAAUUCUCAGUCAAGCUUGGAUUUCAUGUCCUAUCCCCACAGGUAAAAAGAGCCAGUAUCAUCAGCUGCUGCAGAGGUUAUGGAGCCUCCGGACCCGUUAGAUACGUUCCUAAGAAGUAUCGCCAGGUCGACGGGAAAUCAUUUGCUCCUCCUACGAAGAGCUCCAAAGAAAUGUUUAACUGUUCGGAUUCCAGUUCUUUAAGAGAGAGGGAUCCUCAGGGUGGGAGAGGUGUGCGGAGAAUGUCGGGCUUGGAUGAGGAAUAUCGAGAUCAACCUUCCUUUGCUGAUAGAGUGUGUCAUGCUGAAAGUGUGAAUUCAAUCCAAGAGUUUGGGAAUACCAUCCAAUCUUUAGUGUUGAAUGAUGACAUUAAUACUGAGCUGGAGGUCCCUGAUCAUGAUUUAAUGGGGGAGCUUGAAAUGGUUGAAGAAGAAAUUGGAACUUCUUUUGUGAAGAAUCUUUAUGAAGAGGAUGCAGUAGAAGCCAACAAAACUAAACAAGAUGCCGAGAAAGUAGUCAUUGAAGCACUUGGAAGGAGAGCAUUUACAGAAGUUGAGCUGCGGAAAAAACUGCGUGGAAAGAAAUUUCCUCACAAUAUAAUUGAGGAAGUAAUAACUGAUUGCCGCUGCAGGGGGUUGAUCAAUGAUUACUUAUAUGCAGAAUCUUUUUCACGGUCUAGAUGGUCUUCGUCAUUUUGGGGGCCUAGGAGGAUCAAGCAAGCACUGCACAUAAAGGGAGUAGAUAGAGAAGAUUCAGAGAAGGCAAUGAAAGUCACUUUUGAGCAUGUUGAUUCUGGCAGUGAUCAGGAGUUGAGAUUUGGCAUGUCUGAUUCUUCAUUGGAACGUCUAUUUGUUCAGGCCUCCAAGCAAUGGCUUCGGGGUGGAGAUGUGCCACAUGAGACACGGAAAUCACGAAUCAUUAGGUGGCUACAGUAUCGAGGGUUUGACUGGAGCGUCACCAUUUACAUUGUAAAGAAGUUGGAAACCCAGUAUCCACCAUAGAGCACACUAGAAAAUUUUUGACAAUAUGAUGAAGGGGUUCCUCAUUUCUCAGGUUAAGUCAAGAGGAAAAUGCCAUCAUAAAGGCCUCUUGAGUUUUAACUUUAUGCAAAUUGUGAUCCAGAAGUUCCGAGCCACUGCAUAACUUGAGGAUCAUAUGAAACGACGACUUCAAUCUGGUAUCUAAUUUCUCAUGUGUAUGGUCACAGGAGUAUCAGUUUCCAUGUGAUACACUGCAAAAGCCAAGGAUAUUUGUUGCCUUUAAAUUCUGCCCUGCCUGUCACAUAGAAGGUGCUGCCUAUGUUGGCCAGGCAGGUAUUGUAUGAGAAUGACUAGCACACUACGAAA